UCACGCGACGCUGAUGCUUGGGAGUCAUGUGAUACCAAGAUGGUGGUUCCGCGGUAGCUUCCGUGGGACAGUACAGUCCUAGGAACCGCGACAGUUUCUAACCUUAGGUCGUGAGGAGGCCCAUUUAACUGACUGCAGCCGCGCGUGACUGGGAUUAAGGACCUGAUCAGAGCUGGGACUGUUGAUGUCACUGGUAGGUUCCGGGGAGUGCUAGUGACCUCGGUUCAGAAGCCAUACGCCGGCCGGGGAAGCAUCCGGAGAGUAGCUACACUUCUCCGUCAUCUGGGCUUGCAGCUUUGGAGUUCAUGAGACUUCUCAGGGCUUCCCAGGUUCCAAACCUUGAGAAUCUUCGGGGAUUUGGAUUCUUGGGUGUGUGAGAGGCAGCUUAGAACCCCUGGAAGUGCAAAGAAGGCCGCAAGAGCUUCGCUUCCUCAUCCAGAGGCCGGACUUCACUGCCGACUAACCCCGCAUUAUUUUCCAUUUCCUCUCAAUGUUCUCUCCGUAUUUCAGGAAAUAUGAUCAGCGCCCCUGAUGUGGUGGCCUUCACCAAGGAAGACGAGUACGAGGAAGAGCCUUACAAUGAGCCCGCCUUGCCAGAGGAGUACUCGGUCCCUCUCUUCCCCUAUGCCAGCCAGGGGGCUAACCCCUGGUCUAAACUGUCCGGGGCCAAGUUCUCCAGGGACUUCAUCCUUAUUUCCGAGUUCUCUGAGCAGGUGGGACCUCAGCCUUUGCUGACUAUCCCCAAUGACACCAAAGUUUUUGGCACUUUUGAUCUCAAUUACUUCUCCUUGCGGAUCAUGUCAGUGGAUUACCAGGCUUCAUUCGUAGGUCAUCCUCCUGGUUCUGCCUACCCGAAGUUGAACUUUGUGGAGGACUCCAAAGUGGUACUGGGAGACUCUAAGGAAGGGGCCUUUGCAUAUGUGCACCACCUUACCUUGUAUGACCUGGAGGCCCGUGGCUUUGUGAGGCCCUUUUGUAUGGCUUAUAUAUCUGCAGACCAGCAUAAAAUCAUGCAGCAAUUCCAGGAGCUUUCGGCUGAAUUUUCCAAAGCAUCUGAGUGCUUGAAGAUGGGUAACAGGAAGGCAUUUGCCGGGGAACUUGAAAAAAAGCUGAAAGACUUGGAUUACACAAGGACAGUGCUGAACACAGAAACUGAGAUCCAGAAGAAAGCCAAUGACAAAGGUUUUUAUACAUCUCAGGCAAUUGAGAAAGCCAAUGAACUGGCCAAUGUGGAGAAGUCCAUCAUUGAGCAUCAAGAUUUGUUGAGGCAGAUCCGCUCAUACCCUCGUCAGAAGAUGAAGAUACCUGAUUUGCAUCCUGGUGAUACGGAGCAUACCCAAGAUCAGGCUGACCAGGUAUCCACUACCUCUAACCCUGAGGAGUCAGCUGAUGCAGACCUUUAUACCCGCAGACCAGCUUACACCCCAAAACUCAUCAAAGCAAAGUCCACCAAGUGUUUUGACAAGAAGUUGAAGACCUUGGAGGAACUCUGUGACACUGAGUAUUUCACUCAGACCCUGGCCCACCUUAGCCACAUUGAACACAUGUUCAGAGGGGACUUGUGCUACCUCCUGACCAGUCAGAUUGACAGAGCACUUCGAAAACAACAGCACAUAACAAAUUUCCUCUUUGAGGACUUUGUGGAGGCUGAUGACAGGAUGGAGAAACAAGAGAAUGUGCCCUCUCAGCCCAGUCAGGAUAGGCUGCCUUCCAGGCCUGUGGAAGAAUGCCCCAUUCCUAAAGUGUUAAUUAGUGUUGGUUCUUACAAGUCCAGUGUGGAGUCUGUGUUGAUCAAGAUGGAGCAGGAACUUGGAGAUGACGAGUACAAGGAAGUGGAGGCAACAGAAUCGAGCGGUUUUGACCUCCAAGAAAACCUGGACUACCUGGACAUGGAUAUGAAAGGGAGCAUCAGCAGUGGGGAGAGCAUCGAGGUUCUGGGCACAGAGAAGUCAUCCUCUGUGCUGUCUAAAUCUGACAGUCAGGCCAGCCUCACAGUGCCGAUGAGUCCCCAUGUCGUCCGUAGCAAGGCAGUCAGCCACAGGACAAUUAGUGAGGACAGUAUUGAAGUCUUAAGCACCUGCCCAUCGGAGGCCCUCAUUCCUGAUGACUUUAAGGCCAGCUACCCAAGUGCCAUUAAUGAGGAAGAAACCUAUGCAGAUGAUGAGGGGGCCAUCCAUUUCCAGGCAAGUGUCAGCCCACCAGAACUGGGUGAGACUCAGGAGGGCAGCUUGGAAAAUACCCCAUCCCAAAUAGACUCUAGCUGCUGUAUUGGAAAGGAGAGUGAAGGUCUGAUGAUUCCUCUUCCCACCGCAGCUUACACUCUCUCUGAUGAGGAUGGUGUGGUGAGCAUCCCCCCACAGCGCUACAGGCAGAAGGACCAGGGGAUCCAUGUGGACAUCAUGAUGGAAAACACUGAUCCUUCCCAAGACAACAGUUGUGAAAUGUUCCCUGCUAAUGAGCUGAAUCCAGGCUGCCUUCUGGCUAGCCGAGAUGUUAGUAAGACGAGCCUGGAUAACUAUUCAGAUACCACAAGCUACAUGGGUAGUGUGGCCUCCACCAGCUCAGACAGAAUCCCCUCUGCUCACUCUGCUAGCCUAUCCUCUGAGAGACACAAAAAGAGAGCUGGCCAGAACGCCUUAAAAUUCAUCCGCCAGUACCCUUUUGCCCACCCAGCCAUCUACUCCCUACUUAGUGGGAGGACACUUGUGGUCCUGGGCGAAGAUGAAACCAUAGUCAGGAAGCUUGUAGCCGCACUGUCCAUCUUUGUUCCCAGCUAUGGCUACUAUGCCAAGCCAGUGAAGCACUGGAUUUCCUCCCCUUUGCAUAUUAUGGAUUUUCAGAAGUGGAAGCUUAUUGGCCUACAGAGGGUGGCCUCCCCUGCCAGUAUGGGAACCCUCCAUACCCUGAGCCGUUACAGCCGCUAUACAAGCAUCCUGGACCUGGACAGCAAGACCCUCCGCUGCCCCCUGUACAGGGGUACACUGGUGCCCCGCCUGGCUGACCAUCGCACUCAGAUCAAGCGGGGCAGCACAUACUACCUACAUGUCCAGAGCAUGCUCACCCAGCUUUGCUCCAAGGCAUUCCUGUACACCUUCUGCCAUCACCUACACCUGCCUGCCCACAGUGAGGAGACACAAGAAGCCGUGGCCAGCAGACAAACCAGCUUCCUAAAGCUCAACCUGGGACUAGUGAAUGAGGACAUCAAGGUGGUGCAGUACCUGGCUGAGCUGUUGAAACUGCACUACAUGCGGGAGUCACCUGGGACCACCCACCCCCUGCUCAGGUUUGACUAUGUCCCCAGCUUUUUGUACAAAAUCUAAGGGUUCCAGCCACUGUGACCAAGACCUGUGACUCGGUAUGGGGAGGGAGAAGGGUUGCUGUGACUAAAUGGUUGCCUGAGCUGGAGUGUUGAGCUUUGUGGUGUCAGCGGCAAGGAAACAGGUAGCAGUUGUGAUCCCCAUCUUGCUCUGGGCAAUGUGUAAAGUAGGCCGAGCAAAGGUGGAGCCCCGCUCUCUAGAGGUGGCUGGAGGAACUGCAGCUGCUCUUGGUCCCAUGGGGAAAUGGCUGCCAGAUAAGGGGGUAUCCUUAAUUUUCCAAGGACCAGCAGUCUGGGCAGGAAGAGAAAGCUCCAGACCCUGUGGGGCUGGAAAAGAUGAGGCUAAGUAGCCAAAGCCCACAUGACACCCAAGUGGCAGAAUCAGCCUGGGAACUGUGGUGUGUGUUACACAGGACAGCCAUCGCCUUCAUCUACCUCUACCAAGGCCCUUUACUUGGUUUCCUGGAACCCAAUAACUGAGGGAAGACUCUGAAACAAGGACAUGGAAGAACAGUGCUCUGGUCAGUUGGAGAGACACAUCAGACCUGGGGGAUGCAGACCACAAGUGGCCCUUUGUCCUAUCUUCCCCUCUGUCAAGGAAGCAGAUGUCAAACAGCUACAACCAGUACAAGAACUACCUGGAGAGCUGUAGAUGAAGCAGGCUGUAGGCCAUCCCCACUGUGCAUGACAGGAGCUGCCCACUGGCUCUUUUCGGCCAUAACAUGAACUCAGAUGCCCCUGGAAUGGUCUGCCAUACUCUGUUACCUCUCCUGGGGGCUGGGGCCUUGGUGACAACUGAGUUCUGACUGGAACUUAGGGAGCAAGGCUAUCCUGUACCAGCUUCCAGGUUGUUGUCAUUAUAGUUCACAUCUGGGAGGCAGUGUAUACCCUAUCAUUAAAAAUCAUCCCUAUGUAAGUCUUUUCCCUUCAAAGAACUUUGAGCCUGAGAAGGAGGCAGCUUCUUGUCCCCAUGUGACCCACAAGUGGCCAUCAUCAUGACCUCCCUGGGACUCCUGAUGCAGCUGCUCCACGGAGUGCUUCUCACAAUCUUGAAAAUAUGAGACCUGUUUAAAAGUUUUCUCAGCCAGGCCAUGGUGGCACACACCUUUAGUCCCAGCACUCAGGAGGCAGAGGCAGUCGGAUCUCAGUGAGUUCAAGGCCAACUAGGUCUAAGUUCCACGACAGCCAGGACUGUUACACAGAGAAACCCUGUCUUGAGGAGGAAAAUAUUUUCUCUCUAAAUAGAUGCUCUGGUUGCUACUGCUGCUUUUUUAAUUUGCUAUCAAAGCAAACAAAACCCUGCAGUAAAUUGGACCCGGAUCAGCCCUGUGCAUGCAUCUGUUAGAUGCUUGCUGUGUUCCCUGCACUCAGGUCUGUCAGCUGGCCACACCACUGAAGUCUCUCACAAGAAGGAACACUGUAGAAGCCUCGUAAUCAAAGAUGGCUUGUAGCAUGCCACUCCUGUGUCACGUUCCUUACCCAGGUCUUUGACACAGAGUUUCAGGUCAUGGUCCCCAUUUCACUUUAGACAGAUGUGGUUUUGCUAAAACCAGGGUUUUGUCACUGUGGCUGUUACAUGUAUUUACAGACACCUUAGCUGCUGUGGUUUCUCCUCAUGGGCUCCCUCAUCAGCGGUUGCUUCUUAGUGUUCUAAAUGCUACUUUGACUGGUUGGCUAAGUGCCCUUUUCUAAAGCCUCCAAGGAUCAAUGAUGGAGUUCAAGAGCCAGGCUGGGAAGUGGUCAGUCACUGGUACUACAGCCUCAGCAUGGGGACUCGAAGGUGAAUGCUGUUCCCUACACUGAGGAAGGCAGCUACUUUGGCCUUCUGCACACUGAAAGCACAGACUUGAGUGGUCUCAAGUGGAGCUCCAGGUACCAGGUACCUCCUUGGCAUUCAGCCACAGGGUGACCCAGAAGAUAAAGCCAAGACUGAUGUGGAGUGAGCAGAAGUCCCGUGUGGCAGGUGUGGAAAUGGCAAACAGGUGCCUCUCUUGAAUGGCUCCUCACUAAGUACAGACUGACAAGGAGUCAAACUCUUAAGAUUUAUUUUGCUUUUGAGACAGGAUCUCACGUAACCCAGGCUGAGUUCAGAUUCAGAAUGUACCAAGGAUAACCCUAAACUCUUGAUCCUUCUGCCUCCAUGUCCCAAUUGCUGAGAUUAUAGGUGUGUGCCACCAGAACCAGUGUCUAGAUUUAGACUUUAGUUUUAAAACUUUAUUGUGGUGAUUUGAAAGGAUCACUUAAUGGCAAAAUCAUGCUUCCUCUUAGGAUUAGUUAUCAGGGCUGAGUUUGGACAGAGGCAGUUAAUGCUUUGCUCCUCUGCUUUAGAGGACUGAGAUCUAGAAGAUGUGUAUGUACCUUCUAUGCUGUGGAAACCUAUGCAACAAGACUCAGCUCUUUAAAUUUUCAUGUGGUCAUUGGGUGUGGUGGUACACCAUCUCUAAUCCCAGCAUUCAAUAGGCAGAGACAGGUGGAUCUCUUGUGAGCUAGAGGUCACCCUGAUCUACAUGAGGAGUUCCAGGCCAGCCAGGGCUAAAUAAUGACUCCUGUCUCAAAGAACAAAAGGUUUCCAACUGUAGUGUUAGGCUAGUAAGGCUUUUGAUUGUUUUGUUCUUUUGAGACAGUUUCAUGUAGCCCAGGCCAAUUUUGAACUCUGUAGCUAAGGCUGACUUUGAACUUCUGAUUCCUCCUGCCUCCACAUGCUGAGAUUGCAGGUCUGUCGUGCUUAGAUUCCUUGGUUUUGGGGAAUGAAGCUGGGGCUUCAUAUGUACUAGGCAAGCACCCUAUCAACUGAACUACAUCCCUAGCCUGGCGAAUUUAAAUUGUACUAUUAAUAACACCUCACAGAAAGAUAACAGAGCUCUUCUUUAUUCCUAUCAUUGUGAGUCCUGGCACUAAAACCGGUAAAAACUUGUCUGCCAAUCAAUUAUGUCCCUUCCUGUUUUAAAAGCUGUCCAGUUUAAAAACCAUCCAGCUGAGCUGGUACAUUGUUCUACCAUUGUACAAGUCAUGCUUGUACAAUCCUCAACAUUCACCCGCUCUGCUGUUGAGGUCAGUUCAUGGUCUUCUAUAUAAUGUUGGGGGACAGACACGUGGAACUUACUGACUUGAGUUGCCACCUCCUGCCUCACCAUUUCCCUUCAGAGGAACCUUGAAAUAAAAAUAUUUUAACUUGGGCUGGAGAGAUGGCUCAGUCGUUAAAGGUUAGGCUCACAACCAAAUAUAUUUUAACUCAGCCAGGUGGUGGUGGCACAUGCUGGCAAAUGUCUGAUCUCCACAGAUCCUGUCUCAAAAACAAAUGUUUUCACCCCUCCAUGAUUUGUUAGUCAAGUAGCUGAAGUUACUCUUAAACUUGGAACUGGACUUCAGUCAUGACUUGUCAUUCCUGAUCUGACUUUUAAGUCCUUUUAGUUCAGUUGCAGUAUUUGAAGUACAAAGGAUUUCAACCCCAUCUAAAUUAAUUAGUUCCCAUCUUAGUCCUAGGAAAGCAGACCUCCCUUCUUCUUGGCCAAGUAUCAAAGCCAGUAGUGCCAUAUGGUACUGGAGGCAGAACUUGUAGGUUAUCUUGCAUGCAUUUUGGCUAUCCGCCUGCUUCACUCAGUCCAUGCCACUCCCCAGCCUGGGUGCUACGACUGCCAUGGUUUAUCUCCCAAAUAGUUGGGUGGUAGUAGCUCACCCAGUCAGGGAUGAUCUAUCAUCAGGUAUGUAAGGCCUCUGGAGGUACCAAAUCCUCAUGGCAGUAGGCCAUUCAGGCUACUUUCUACUUCCUUAGAAAGCUCCUAAGAAAGUGCCUUGGCUUGUACUUUGGAACAAAUUAGCCAGCUUUAUGGCUUCCCCCUAAUACUGUGAUCAAACUGGAAUUGUUAAGGAAUACACUCAUACUUAGGCUUCAGAAAUGAUAUUUAUUUUGCUCUGAAAACAAAGCUUUCUUUGAGUCUUUGAGUUUGGCCCACUCACUAAGCUUUGGGAACAGCAGGAACAGAUGAAGUGUAGCAGUGGGAAAAACAAAUUCGUCCUACAGUGUUGAUUUACUGGUUUACAGUGUAGGUCCCCAGGAAGUCCUACUUGGAGCUGUGUAGUUGUCUUCAUCAAAGCAGGAAUUAAGUUUGCUAAAGUGUACAGUGGUCCUACAGUCAGAGAUGAGGAGACCAGUAUGCCACCACACCCCAUGGAAACAGACACAAUUGUCUUCACAUGGUGGAGACAGUACCAACAAUGGACCAGCUCCCAGGGAGACUUGGCCAGACUAUCUUAAACUGGACAGCUGGAGCUGCAGGCUGGACUGAGGCACACAGCAGUUAGUGAGCAGCAGUCAGCAAUGAACUCUUGCUAUUUUCAAAGAAGCUAUUUUACUACUGCAUGUCCCACAAUGUCUGAAUAUAGUCUCAACCUGCAAACUGCAGUCACAGUACUGGAACCAGAGCACUGCUGAUGUGACCGUGUCCCACAGGCAUUAUACACAAAAGUUUAACCAGCGUAAAUGCCAAACAAAUAGUAUGAGGAGUGUACUUUUUAAGAUAUUAAUUUAUUUGAGUUCAGAUAUUUUUAAAAUAUAAGAACUGGUUGUAUUUUUUAAAGCUAUAAUUCUUGUAGACAUUCUGUGGGUAAAAAUUUGAUUGUGCAUAUUUAAAAAAAGUCACCGAUGGUUUGCAAUUCAACAAUGUGAAAAAUAAAGAUUCUUUGGGAAGGUGG